AAAGGGGACGGCGGCGGCCGUGGCGCCGGCCCCGCGGGGUCACAAGUCGGCAUGCUGAGAACAGCGUGGAGGGCGCUGAGGUCGAUUCCGACCCAGGCAGUGGCCCAGGCUCCAGUCCGCGGGCUGCCGGGCGGAGCGUGCGCCAGGCCUCCCUUCCACCAGUGGGGCCUUCCCUCCCCUCCUGGAGGUGUUAUCCUUCCAGCCGUUCGCGGAUAUGCCAUCCAGAAACCUGUCCAGCGCAGCCAAGAAGAUGACCCGCCCCCUUCCACGCUGCUCAAAGACUACCAGAACAUUCCCGGAAUUGAGAAGUUUGACGAUGUUGUAAGAAGACUCUUGUCUUUGGAAAUGGCCAGCCAGAAGGAGAAGCUAAAAGUCAAGCAAGAGCAGUUGAUGAAGAAGAUUGUGGCAAACCCUGAGGACACCAGCUCCCUGGAGGCUCGAAUUGUUGCUUUGACCGUCAAGAUUCGCAAUUACGAAGAACACAGGCAGAAACACCGAAAGGACAAAACCCAUAAGUGCUAUCUGCUGAUGAGCAUCGACCAGAGGAACAAGAUGCUCAAAAACCUCCGUAAGACCAACUAUAGUGUCUUUGAGAAGAUCUGCAAGGAGCUGGGGAUUGAGUACACCUUCCCUCCUGCAUACCACCGGAAAGCCCACCACCGCUGGGCGACCAAGAAGGCGCUGUGCAUUCGGGUUUUCCAGGAGGUACAUAUCUGUAAAGGAAAGGCCAUUUCCAGACAUAUUCAACCCUCGGGACACAUUCCACAUGGAGAAACAAAGCAUAACUCAGAGAAGACAAGGAAGGGCUGUUUGUUGGUAGGGGGGAAAAAAACAGUAACAGUGCCAGAAUUUGAGGAUCCUCAGGCCACAGGAAUGGAGAAAAUGUUUGUCUCAAGAAAUAAAGGGGAAAUUGCCAGCAAAGAGCAUAGCCCUCAGAUAGCCAAUGAACCUAAGUGA